UCCGGUGAGAGACGAAGUGGCUCAGCGUGGUGUUGCCAAUCUCACCAAAUUUGGUUUCCGUGGUUCCCGACCAGGCCGUGUUACCCUGACGUCCUGCCGUGACAUUCCUCAGGCUGGAACCAUGCCGGCAAACGACACAGGUGUGUAUGAACUGCUGGCAGCCCUCCCCUCCCAGAUUCAGUCCCAUGUGACCCGACAGGACUGCACCUUCCUACAGAGCAUGCUCAGAGACAGGAGCCUGCUGCCACUGCUCAAGAUUCACGAGAGGCUGAAGCAGUACCAACACCAGAGUCCUCCCCCAGUGCUGGUCUACACUGGAGCUCUGGCCUAUGAGCUGUCCCGGGACCUACAGAGCAAAGCUGACGGAGAAGAGGUCAAUGAGCUGUCUGAUCUGCUGGCCAAUCCCCACGUCAAGAGUCUGUUCUCCGUCCACGACACUGUGGCACAGGAACGCUUCGGACCCACCCUGCCGCCGCUGCCCGAAGACCUGGGUGAGCAGCAGGACUCGGUGAAGAUCAUACAGCUGGUCAAGAGCACGGAGCCCCUUGGCGCGACGGUCAAGCGGGACCAGGGGACGGGAGCCAUCGUCGUGGCGCGCGUUUUGAGAGGAGGAGCCGCAGACCGAAGCGGUCUGAUCCACGAGGGAGACGAGCUGAGGGAGGUGAACGGGGUGCUGAUGGACGAUAAGAGGCCGGAGGACGUCGCUCCCGUUGUGGUGCAGUCUCGCGGGGCCGUGACGUUUAAAGUCGUCCCGAGCAUCAAAGAGGACUCGCCGGGCCUGGAGGAGGAGGAGGAGGAGGAGGAGGAGGAGUCACCUGCUCUGGCCCUGGGAUGCUGUACUGCAGAAGGAGAAGGAGAAGGAGAAGGAGAAGCAGAUUAUGGAGCAAUAAGUGGGAUCCACAUAGCUGGCCUGCGGAGGAGCUUCCGCCUCAGCAGGAGGAACUGGAGGGCGGGGCUUUGCGAGUGUGGGCGGAGCAAGUGCUACGACCUGGCCGACGCCCCCACCUACGAGGAGGUGGUCCCCUACCGCAGGCAGCCCGAGGCCCCAUACAGACUGGUGCUCCUGGUCGGACCCAGGGGAGUUGGUGUCAGUGAAAUGAAAAGGAGACUGCUGAUCUCUGACCCCCAGCACUUCGGCGUAACCGUCCCGUACACCACCAGGACCAAGAGAGGUGAGGAGAAGGAUGGGGUGGAGUAUAAGUUUGUCUCCAAACCGCAGUUCGAGGCCGACAUCAUCGACAACAAGUUCAUUGAGCACGGGGAGUACAGGGGACAUUACUACGGGACAAGCCUGGAUUCGGUCCGCUCCAUCCUGCAGGGGAACCAGGUGUGCCUGCUGGACGUCCCGCCCCAUAGGAUCCAGCGCUUACGGACGGCCGAGUUCAAGCCUUACGUGGUUUUCGUGAAGCCCCCUCCGAUGGAGGAGCUGCGGCUGAGCCGGAGGAACGCGAAAGUCACCCGCAGACGAGACGGAGAGGGUUCGGCCGAGCCGUUCACGGAGGAAGACUUCCAGGAAAUGAUUGACUCCACCCAGGAGAUGGAGGACAGGUACGGACACCUGUUUGAGAAGACCAUCGUCAACGAGGACAUGGCCCUUGCCUUCAGAGAGCUGAGCUUGGCCUUGGAAAAGCUGGAGACAGAGAUUCAGUGGAUCCCCAAAUCCUGGGUGCCUCGUUAAAACAUGUAAAGGGGACGUCAUACUGAGAAAUCAGGGAUAUUUAGACCCCCCCUCCCCCCACAUCCCAGUGUGUCCUGAUACCUGACAUGGGUAAUCAACCAAUCAGAUCAGGGCUUGAGUCUGGCAUUUAAUAACUACUUAGUAUAGGAAAAUGUGGAUAUAAAUUGGGAUAACUUUAAGGGGCAGUUCACCCAAAAAUCAGCAGCAAUGUCUCUUUCCAAAUAUAAUGGCACGGUUACUCAUGAACAUCCACAGACCUUGUUGUGCAUGGUUUCAUAAAAACCCGCUUUCUACGGAGUACGCCAGCUGCGUACAUCUGUGCAGUGUUAACCAAAGCAGGCCAGUAUUCAGCAUUUGG